UUUUGCUUUUUGCCUUUACCUUGCGCCUGCGCAGUCCUGCGUGUCUGACCUUCAUAGGAGUAACCAUGUUCGCCAGGACCAGCGCGUUGGUGUUCUCCCCUCAAUGUGGGCAGGUCAGGAGCAUGGCCACCUUGAAGGACAUCACCCUUCGGUUGAAGUCCAUCAAGAACAUCCAGAAAAUCACCAAGUCCAUGAAAAUGGUGGCCGCUGCCAAGUAUGCUCGUGCUGAGAGGCAGCUGAAGCCAGCCAGAGUCUAUGGCACUGGUGCUCUGGCCCUGUACGAGAAGGCCGAAAUCAAAGCGCCGGAGGACAAGUCCGCCAAGCAUUUGCUCAUUGGUGUGACCUCUGACCGUGGACUCUGUGGUGCCAUCCACACUGGUGUGGCCAAGCUCAUUAAGAGCGAGAUCGCCGCCCUGACCAGCGCUGGCAACGAGGUCAUGGUGGUCAAUGUGGGAGACAAGCUGAGAAACCUGCUGCACAGGUCUCAUGGACAGCACAUCAUUCUGAACUGUAAGGAGGUGGGCCGCAAGCCCCCCAGCUUCAAUGACGCUUCGAUCGUCGCAUCCGAGCUGCUCAACUCUGGACACGAAUUUGACCAGGGCACCGUCUUCUUCAACAGAUUCAAGUCUGUUAUCUCAUACAAGACGGACAGGAAGCCUUUGUUUUCCACCGACACAAUUACUAAUUCAGAGAGUAUGGGAAUCUAUGAUGACAUUGAUGCUGACGUGCUGAGGAACUACCAGGAGUUUGCUCUGGUCAACAUCAUCUUCCUGGCCAUGAAGGAGUCCACCACCUCUGAGCAGAGUGCCAGGAUGACCGCUAUGGACAACGCCAGCAAGAACGCCUCUGACAUCAUUGAAAAGCUGACCCUCAAAUUCAACCGUACCCGACAGGCCGUCAUCACCAAGGAGCUCAUUGAGAUCAUCUCUGGAGCUGCUGCUCUCUAAACGGGCGAGAUCUUCGUUUCGUUUUCCACUAGAGUUCUUCAAAGUACUUUUAGACACAUUGUCGGAAGUCUAUGAACAUUUGUGCUUCUAUUUGUAAAAUAUAUGGUAAAAAUAAACCUCUUAUAGAACCCUCAA